CUCCUGUCUUUGACCGGUACACAGACCAUCUUUGUCAUCCGUGAGCAGACUCGGCAGAGGUACAGCGAAGAAGCUCUAACAGUGGCACGAUGGGAAAGAAACAGAAGAAAAGUGGGGAUGACAGGGGUGAUGUUGACAUCGAUGCACUGGCAGCUGAGAUUGAAGGAGCUGGAUCAUCUAAAGAGACAAAAGGAAAGAAAAACAAGAAAGCAGCCAAGAAAGAUGCUUAUGAUGAGGAUGACAUCCUGAAGGAAUUAGAGGAGUUAAGUUUGGAGACUCAAGGAGGAAUAAAGAAGGAUGACAUCACAGAGGUGGAAGUGAGUUCUGAGCCCACUCGAACAGAGAAGAAGAAGAAGAAGGGAGGCAAAAAGACUGCUGAUGAUGAGGAAGACAAUAAUGAUGACCUUAAACAGAAGGCUCCUCAAUCUGUACCGAGGGAGUCGGACAGCGACCACAAAGAUAAAACUGUGACCCUUCAGGAUGCAGAGAAUGCUCCAGUUUCAAAAAAUGAGUUUGAAUCAGAUGAUGAGGAAUUCUCCUCUAAAAGGGACCGGAAAAAAAAGAAGGAAAAGCUAAAGGUGGCCAAAAGUGAGGAUGAGGAUGAUGAUGAUGAUGAUGACGGCGGAGAGUUCAAGAUCAAGACGGCUGCACAGAAGAAGGCGGAGAAGAAGGAGCGUGAGAAGAAGAAAAGAGAAGAGGAAAGACUGAAGCAGAAGAAAAAGGAGGAGUCCAAGAAAGCAGAGGCAAAGCCCAGCCAGCCUCCUUCAGAACCGGCCCCUGAACCGGCCCCAGAACCUGCUGCUGCGCCUGUAGAGCAAGAGGACAUGGAAUUAGCGGGAGAUGAUGACAAUGAUGGAGACAAAAAGAAGAAAGAUAAGAAAAAGAAGAAGAAUGAGAAGGAAGAGAAGGAGAAGAAAAAGGGACCCAGCAAGGCCACGGUGAAGGCCAUGCAGGAGGCGCUUGCACGCAUGAAGGAGGAAGAGGAGCGGGCCAGGAGGGAGGAGGAGGAGAGGCAGAAGAGGCUUGAGGAGCUGGAGCAGCAAAGGCUGGAGCAGGAGCGACUGGAGAAGGAGAGGAAGGAGAAGAGGAAGCAGAAGGAGAAGGAGCGAAAAGAGCGCCUGAAGAAGGAGGGCAAGCUGCUGACCAAGGCUCAGAGAGAGGCGCGUGCUCGAGCCGAAGCUACGCUGAAGGCGCUACAGGCCCAGGGUGUGGAGGUGCCAUCCAAAGACUCAAUGCCAAAGAAAAAGCCUGUUUAUGGAGACAAGAGGAAGAAGAAGCCCACAGUUCAAACCCCAGAAGAAACGUCAGAGGUUGCCUCCCACGUUUCAGAGACUCCAGAGCCCAUAGUAACAAGUGUAGAAGUGACACUGCCAGAGAAAGAGGUGAAGCAAGAUGCUGUGGACGACUGGGAGGCCAUCGCCAGUGACGAGGACCGAGAGGUGAAGAAAGUCCUCAUCGAAGUCAAAGAGGAGGCUGCUGUGGCACCUCCGUCUGCUGCCAGUGAAGAUGAGGAGGAAGAUGAGGAGGAAGAGGAAGAAGAUGAUGAAGAAGAGGAAGAUGAGGAGGAGGAAGAGGUGGAACAGAAGCCAGCUGUGCCGGUCCAGGUAUCAAAGAAGAAGCCCGUGGAGAGUGACGACAGCAGCAGCGAUAGUGACGAUGGCAGGACGAAGGAGGAGAGGCUAUAUGACCGAGCCAAGCGGCGGAUCGAGAAACGGAGGGCAGAAAACAUAAAAAACAUCAAUUUGGACAAGUUGAGAGCUCCAGUGGUCUGUGUUCUCGGUCACGUCGACACUGGGAAGACGAAGAUUCUGGACAAGCUCAGACGCACCAACGUGCAGGAUGGUGAGGCUGGAGGCAUCACACAACAGAUCGGGGCCACAAAUGUCCCAAAGGAGACAAUAGAGGAGCAGACGCGAAUGGUGAAAAAUUUUGACAAAGAUUCUCUGAAGAUUCCUGGCAUGUUGAUCAUUGACACUCCUGGUCACGAGUCCUUCAGUAACCUGAGGAACAGAGGCAGCUCUCUAUGUGACAUUGCAGUCCUGGUGGUGGACAUCAUGCACGGUCUGGAGCCGCAAACCAUCGAAUCCAUCAACUUGCUGAAGGAGAAGAAGUGCCCUUUCGUGGUCGCCCUCAACAAGAUUGACCGUCUGUACGACUGGAAGAAGAGCCCAGAGACAGAUGUGGUGGCCACACUGAAGAAGCAGAAGAAAAAUACCAAGGACGAGUUUGACGAGCGGACCAAGGCAGUCAUUGUAGAAUUCGCCCAGCAGGGUCUUAAUGCUGCCCUCUUCCAUGAGAACAAAGACCCUCGCACGUUUUUGUCCUUAGUGCCUACCUCGGCCCACAGUGGGGACGGGAUGGGAAACCUGAUCGCCCUGCUGGUGGAGCUGACUCAGACGCUGCUGUCGAAGAGGCUGGCUCAUUGUGAUGAGCUCCGUGCACAAGUGAUGGAGGUGAAAGCUCUGCCAGGAAUGGGCACCACCAUCGACGUGAUCCUCAUCAAUGGACGACUGCGGGAGGGAGAGACCAUCAUAGUCCCCGGAGUCGAGGGUCCCAUCGUCACCCAGAUUAGAGGGCUCCUGCUGCCACCGCCGCUGAAGGAGCUGCGUGUAAAGAACCAGUACGAAAAGCACAAGGAGGUGUCGACCUCCCAGGGAGUCAAGAUCCUGGGUAAAGACCUGGAGAAGACACUAGCAGGACUCCCCCUGCUGGUGGCCCACCACGAUGAUGAGAUCCCCGUGCUCAGGGACGAGCUGAUCAGGGAGCUCAAGCAGACCCUCAGUUCGAUCAAGCUGGAGGAGAAAGGUGUUUAUGUUCAAGCAUCUACAUUGGGAUCCUUGGAAGCUCUGCUGGAGUUCCUCAGAACAUCCAAAGUCCCCUACGCGGGUAUCAACAUUGGACCGGUUCACAAGAAGGAUGUGAUGAAGGCAUCCACCAUGUUAGAGCACGACCCACAGUUUGCUGUCAUACUGGCGUUUGAUGUGAAGGUGGAGCGGGACAGUCAGGAAAUGGCAGAUAGUUUGGGUGUCCGAAUCUUCUCUGCGGAAAUCAUCUACCACUUGUUUGACGCUUUCACCAAAUACAGAGAAGACUACAGGAAGGCCAAACAAGAAGAGUUCAAACAUGUGGCUGUGUUUCCUGCCAAAAUCAAAGUCCUUCCUCAGUUUAUCUUCAACUCCAGAGAUCCCAUCGUCAUGGGUGUUUCCGUGGAGGCCGGCAUCCUUCGGCAAGGCACGCCACUCUGUGUGCCCAGCAAAGGAUUCGUGGACAUCGGCGUAGUAACCAGCAUCGAGAUAAAUCACAAGCCUGUGGACGUGGCUAAGAAAGGACAGGAAAUCUGUGUGAAGAUCGAGCCCAUUCCCGGAGAGGCACCCAAGAUGUACGGACGGCAUUUUGAAGCCACUGACAUUAUUGUCAGCAAGAUCACACGGACGUCUAUUGACGCGCUGAAGAACUGGUUCAGGGAAGAGAUGACAAAGUCGGACUGGCAGCUCAUUGUGGAGCUGAAGAGAACCUUUGAGAUUAUCUGAGAGCCUUACGGACGUUUGACAUCUCCUGUGUGGCCGCUGCCUCAGACCGGGUCAAACCUGCCCCGCUUUCCACCGCACCAUGUUUACGGUGGGGGACGUUUUUCUGCCAUGGUGGACGAUGGACGCAGAAUCUGAACUCUUUUCCAAAUGUUGUUUUUCUGCAGAAAUUUCAUGUCAUAUUUCAUCAAGUACCCUGCAGAUGAAAACAACAUUAAACCAUCAACAGUUCUAAAACAAUUGGUUUGCUUUUAAGAUUUUUUUGUGGAUCAGGACUGUUUUAAUCAACAAAGAUAAUUUCUGGGUUUGGUUUUAAAUGAAUACACCUCUAUAAGCUGUGCAUUUGCCUAUGAUAUUGCAGUACACGUUACGUUAAGUAAUUCCUGCUCACUCGGGCUUGAAUGACUGGGCUUGUGAUGCUCUGUUCUUCUGUAGCCCACACGCUUCACACGCUUGGCUGGUGGGGCUUGUCAGAUGCAAUCCUCAGCAGCGUAACUGAGAAUGUAACUCAGAGGGUUGAGUGAGUGAAUAGCUCUUGAUACGACACAAGCAGCAGAAUAACAGUGUUGUGCCAACACAUCGUGACGGAAACUGUCAAAGGUAAAAGUGAAAAUGGACUUUGAGGUUUGGAGCUGUGUGAAAGUCUCUAAAAAUAGUUAAGAGCAAUACAUCAUAAGACACUUCUGAAACGUGACAUGAAAAACAUCCGACCAUCCGGAUGAGUGGAGGAGGCACUCAGAGAGCACAUGAUGAAGUUGUGACCUGGACUUCACUAAUCAAUUAGACUGAAACCUGAAGAAGUCGACUUGAGUCAAUCUGAGUUGAAAGCGACCGUUUUUAGCUCAAUCAGUUGGUUUUGCUUCAAGCAACUGUAGCUGUAUCCUGGAUUUUAUUUAAUUGAUUAUGUCUAAAUGAUUUGUGUGAAAUUUAUCUCAAAGGUUGCAAAUAAAUAUUGACAUUUUUAUUUUUCCACUUCAUGUAUUUACACAAAAUAAUUAUAAAUAAUAAUGUAAUAAGUGCUCUUGGGCAGGAUGAAAUAAACCUAGUGCUU